CUUCGAUUAUCCUUUUCGUCUAGGGUUUUUCGAGGAGAAUAGUACAAAACCCUAAGUUCCCAAAUCGAAAUCAAAGGAAAAAAAUAUCAAGGGCUAUUCACAAUAAUUAUAGUACGAAGGGGAAACAAUGGGAGGAAAAUGUCCAAGCAGGAAAGUAAAGAAGCGAAGAUUUUCUCACAAAACAGCUCGCCGAACCAAAUUCCUCCUCAAAGGUGACGACGCCGUUUAUGAAGAGCUGCAAAAGGUUGAUUCGGAGAAGAAGCCGUUGCCUCGCGAUGAGGAUUUGCCUGGAAUGGGUCAAUAUUACUGCUUGCACUGCGACCGAUAUUUUGCGAAUAUGACUGUGAGGGAUGAACAUUUCAAGACGAAACGCCACAAGAAACGUUUGAAGCAAAUGUCGGGGCCUGCACCACAUACUCAACUUGAUGCUGAGUUGGCUGCUGGGAUGGGUAUGCCGGAUAAUGGACCAACAUUAAUGACAAUGUGAGCUUUCUGAAUUUGGCUCCAUAUCAGUGGGCAAAGUUAGAGCUCCUGAUUGCAGAUAGUUUUUGGUGCUGUCAGAGGUCCUCCGUGACAACUGAUUGUGUUACUGCUAUAGUGAUAAAACCAAUUUUGCUUCUGAUAUGCUAAUGCAUGUCCGCAUAAGUGGUUUUGUUCUUUUUUUUUUGUGUCAUUAUAUCUUUAAAAUUUUCUAAGCAAGAUAAUUAGGAUGAAAAUAGUGAGCAGUAUCAGAGAACAUGUAUUAUCAUUAUUGUCAGUUUAUUUCUGAAUCAGCAAUAUCUUUUUCACAAUA